AUGGAGCUUUGCUAUAGCGACACAACAAUUACUUCGUCUUCUUGUCCUUCCCCUCUUCCUCCGCUUCCAUCUCCGGUGGCCAGCCCUUGCGCCGCUUGCAAGAUAUUGCGGCGACGAUGUGUAGAAAAAUGUGUUUUGGCACCCUAUUUCCCUCCAAAUGAUCCACUCAAGUUCACCACUGCUCAUCGUAUUUUUGGCGCCAGCAAUAUAAUCAAACUAUUGCAGGAACUGCCGGAAACUCAAAGAGCUGAUGCCGUGAGCAGUAUGGUUUACGAAGCGAAUGCGAGGCUAAGGGAUCCAGUGUAUGGAAGUGCAGGAGCAAUUUCCCAACUCCAAAACCAAGUUAAUGAACUUCAACAACAGCUAGCAGUGGCACAAGCUGAGAUUGUCAAUAUGCAGUCUCAAAAAGAAAAUCUCAUGGCCCUCAUUUGCAUGGAAAAAUGGAACAAUAUAAUUCCUCACCAACACCAUUCCUAUGACAAUGGUUGCCAAACUAAUAUGAGCUUCCUGGAUGAAAAUCUUGGAUCAUUAUGGGAGCAUGUUUGGACACAAUAA